AAUGCAGUAGUAAGUCCCUGCAUCGCAGAAGAUUCCAUCGCUUGCAGUCAAUUUGGGGGAAUCUCAACGGAUUAUGAGUGGAGGGAGCGUUCGUGAACCACUGCAAUAAAUCACUCCUCCACCAAGCGCAAACUACCAAUCGUUUAUUGCAGAUACCAUUGGAUCGCGUCUAUUCUGCAUCUGCAUGCAUCUGCACCUGCAACCAGCAUCUGACAAGCUGACAGUCGUUCGUCUGAAUUGCACAAAAAAAGAAAAAAAGAAAAAAAAAGGAGAGAGAGAGAGAGAGAAUACAUCCAAAUGAACCACUAGCCAUGACACAUCGCAAUGACCCUGGUAGACUACUCGUCAGAUGACGACUCGGCCGCCGAAGAAGCAUCAAAGUCGGCGCCAGUAUUGAACGUUGGCGGCACUAGGGGCUCAUCAGCCUCAUUGCCGCCGCUUCCGGCUUCAUUCCAUGACCUGUAUGCCUCGACAGUUCGCACCAGCACCCGCGACGACCCAGCACUGCACCACGGGCGGUCUCGUCAGAUUCCUCACGUGGUUGGCAACUGGCCGAGCCACAUCUACAUCGAAUGGUUCCCCUCACAAGCCCAGUGCAAUGUUUUAAGCUCUCUAGUCUCAGCCUUACGGUCGGACGACCACCAAGUCGGGGCUGAGCUGCAUAGCUUCUUGACAAGCGAUCUGGGCACCCCGCUACCGCUGCACAUUAGCCUCUCGCGCCCGUUCGUGCUGACCACGGAGCAAAAGGACGUUUUCCUGUCGCGUGUGCCAGGCGCACUCCGGCUGCGAUCAUUCUCGCGCUUCGCCGUUCGUCCGUCUGCACUCUCGUGGCACAGGUCGCCAGACUCGAAUCGCGCGUUCUUGGUUCUACGGGUGCAGGAAAGCUGCGAUGGUGGCAACCUUGGCCUGACCCGACUGCUCGAAAGGUGCAAUGAGGUGGUUAGGGAGUUUGGUCAGCCGGAGCUGUACUCCGAUGGUGGAAGGGUGAUGGAUCGAUUCCAUCUGUCUGUUGCUUGGUCGUUCGUUGAUGUGACAGGGUCGCUCCAAUCUCGAACGGAUGUGGCGUAUGAAAACUUCCGGGACCAGGUGGCCGCGAUGGAGAUUCCCAUCGAGUCCGUCAAGGUCAAGAUUGGCAACAUCAUUACCAGUUUGUCGUUGGCCGACUAUGGACAGAAGCGAUCAGAGGUCGGAUCCCUCUUCAGCACGUAGUGUAUGUCGUUCAAUGAUAACCUGUCAUAUAGACCCAAGCAAACGUGCCUUUAAAAUUCCGACAUAUGUACAGUCAUGAAACCAGCAGAAAGCACAGCGAUAGUGCAUCCUGGCCCGAAUCCAGCAACUCCAGACAUAAAAUAGCCAUAAAAGUUCAAUAUAUUUUCUGCAAAGAUGCGAAAGCACCUGCAGCCAUGCUCCCA